AUGGCUCAGAUCGAGCUUGAGGCUUGGGGUGGGGGAAGGGGGUGGGGAGGGAGGGGUUCGGGAGAAAGGAACCUGAGCAGCGCGCGGAGGACGAGCCCAGGACAAGCACCCUCCCCUCGCCCUGAAGCUGCGGGACCCGGGAACCCGGACCGGGCCCGCACCCACGUGCUGGAGCGCCCCCCUGUGGCCGCUCCGCAGCCCCCGCCGUUCCCCGCUCGCCCGCAGAGAGCUCUCCCCGCGGCCCAAGAAACAAGACAAGCAGAAAGUUUCCGACCCAGGCGGUUAGAGAAAGGUCGAAGCCAGCCUCCCGGUUUGGAAGGCAGUUUUCCACCAGGGUUUCCCCGCCGCCCGCAGUGGACCCGCCGGCCGGGAGGCGCGGCGCCCCGGAGCCGGGGACGGGGAGUGGGCGAGGCCGGGCCCGGCGCGGCGCUUACCUCGGCUACGGUGAGCGGCAUGCAGAUCCGGUACUCCUUCAGCAGCAUGGUCCUGCCGGCCGCGGACCCCCGAGGCGGGAAGAGGGGGGCUCCCCCAGACCAACAAGGCUGCCGCCCAGGCUCAGGGCAAAGCGCCCGGAGCCCCGUGCUCGGACCCGGGCGGCGAAUUAGCCCCGGCGGUGCGCUCAGGUCCUGGCUUCCUCCUCUCCGCCCGAGAGCAUGUCAAGGCUUGGGUCCUGGUGUUCGCGGCUCCCCCGCCUCCUUCCUCGCCGAGGUCGAUCCGCCUGGAACGCGGUGUUGCAAAGUCAGCCAGGGAGGGAGGGAGACCCACUGGAAACCGCUCUGA